AUGUCGCCAAGGCUCAAGCCGCUGCUUCUCCCGCAGUUGGUAGAGGAGCGCCGUAAGUGGGAGGUACAACAAGUUAGCCCCGAAACCGACCUCUCCUACAUCUACUACACAACAAACUCGUCCUCCUCCGACAUUACCUCUCCAAUCACCCCGACUUUCUCCCCUGGAAAGGGUCACUUUCGAAUGUCGAGCUCGACUUCUUCUCUCGAUCUCCCACCGCAAUUGAACGACACUCCUGUAUCGCCAACUCAAUCGAUCCACACAAAACCCCCAAUGCGGUCAUUGCCCGAUGUUGAAGAAGAGCCCUUGGAACCUGAACACACCACCACCACCGUCACAGACAACACAGAGAGCAGCGACCGUUAUAGUCUUGCCCCUUCGGACCAGUUUAGUCUCUACGACUGUUUGUGCGACAACCUGUGUGAGCCCCGAAAUAGUUCCGAAGAUGUCAUGUUCCAUGGAGACAUCGUCCGCGACUAUGAUAUCGACUACGACAUGGGUUUCUUGAGUGACGGUGACACCCCCGUAGACGAGCGAUCCCGCAAGAAGCGAUCCGGCAGCGAGUCACCCUUUGCUGGGCUAACGUCACGAAUUGGUGCCCGUUUCCCUAGUCUCACGCGCUGGAACCCCAACACCCGCAGGGGCAACCCGAUGCUCUCACCUAGCACCGAACUCAGCUUGGAGAGCGUUGUGCUAUCUGGAGGUCCUUCUAGUCGAUCGUCGUCCAUGUCUGCACCCAGCCGACCUGGACAGGAGCGCAUGCUGGAAAACACUGGACUUCCCACCCCGGCAGUAUCCUACUAUGGCAGCACCGAGAGCAUCAACCUUCCUGCGCCUAUCGACAUUGAGAAGGCGCAGGCCCUCGUCGAGCAAGCCGACCUCGAGCGAGAACGAGGACUGGCCACCACCCCUCUACUACCUCCUCUGAUGACCAGCCCAUUGAGCGGCCCACCGCCUGAGUCACCUUUACAAUCACCAACCAUUGCGCCACCCUCUGCGACUACCGAAGUACCGUCACCGGUCCCUUCUGCGACACAGUUCCCCAGACCUUCUCUGAGCACAAAGCCUUCAGUGUCGUCCUUCCGAUUCGGUUCCAACAGCCCUGAGGUUCCGAUUCCUCUUCCUUCGAUCCUGCAGGAGCACGAUGAGUGGUCGGAUCGCCUUGGUCACGCCAACUUCACCAUCACACCGCAGCCAUAUCAACCCGAGACUGUGAACAUGGAGGCCCUCCAGCAGUUGCGCAACGACUGGGACGCAGCACGAUGUAACUACACCAAGCACCUGGUGCGCACUGGCGAGAACUACGGCGAAACUAGCAAGAUCUACGCUCUUACUGAGGCCAAAUGGGCCGACAUCGAGAGGCGAUGGAGGUCAACACACGACGGACUCAUGUCGGAGAUUGUGCAAGCUACAAGCUCUGCUCCUGGUUCGACAAGCGCCUCACGAAGCCGCAGCCGUGGCCGCGGACGAUCACGAGCCAAUAGCGGCGGCUCUAUCCUUGGUCGACCGCCUCCCAUGGACGAUGUCUUUGCGGGCAUGCAAUGGAAGCGCCUUGAAGAUGGACUGCCCAGCGCAAUUCCCCGACUGGUGGAUGCGGAUGGCAAGUUCCCCUCCCGAGGCGACGAAGACAUUGUAGGACCCAUGCAACGAGACGAGGUGAUGCUACGGACGCACAGCGAAGAGCGCAAGGGAGCACGAUUCUGGAAGAACCUCGCAGGCAAAGUCGGCCUGCGAAAAUAA